UUCUCAGGAGGGUGAAAUUUUGCGAUCGAGAGUCAGAAUUGUCCUAAUUUUUUUCAAGAUGUCAGGAGGAGGAAAGGAUAGGCUGAACAUUUUCCCCUCAAGAAUGGCCCUAACCUUGAUGAAAGCUCGACUGAAAGGAGCUCAGAAAGGACACAGUCUUCUAAAAAAGAAAUCCGACGCUUUGACGAUGCGUUUCAGAAAAAUUCUUAAAAUGAUCAUAGAGACCAAAACUUUGAUGGGUGAUGUAAUGCGAGAGGCUACUUUCUCUUUGGCCGAGGCAAAUUUUGCUGCUGGGGAUUUCAGCUAUGUAGUUUUGGAGAAUGUUGACAAGGCCCAAACUAAGAUUCGCCUCAGAAAAGACAAUGUUGCAGGUGUCCAGUUACCAAUCUUUGAAACUUAUGCAGAUGGCGCCAAUAGUUAUGAGUUGACUGGCUUAUCACGUGGUGGUCAACAAGUUUCAAAAUGCCAGGAAGUCUAUGCAAAAGCUGUUAAACUACUUGUUGAGCUGGCUUCUUUACAGACUGCUUUCAUUACUCUAGAUGAAGCAAUCAAAAUCACAAACAGAAGAGUGAAUGCUAUUGAGUAUGUUAUCAUACCCAAAAUUGAAGCAACAAUAACCUACAUCAUAGGGGAAUUGGAUGAAAGAGAGAGAGAAGAAUUUUACAGGCUAAAGAAAAUUCAGGAAAAGAAGAAGAUUAAUAAACAAAAGGCAGAAGCAUUAAAGAAAGCUAAAGGAAUAACUAAUGAUCAAACAGCAAAUCUACUUGACGAUGCAGAGGAUGAAGACCUUCUUUUUAAGUAGUGUCUAUGAAAUGAUUCACAGUGCCUAAGAACCUGAAUUUUAUUGCAGCU